UCACUGCUCCUCCCUCGGUGGUAGUAUACAGGGUGUCCCAGAAUCCUGCAGAAUCCUUUGGGCCUUUGGGAGUGUAAAAGAGAAUGAAAUUGUGACUCAAAAAUUCUUUUUUCACUUUUUCCUCCAUGUUAUUAACAAAGUUAUUAACGAAGAAAUGGACCAAUGGUGAGUGAUUCAAACUCAACGACCGAAGAUUGAAGUUCUUACGUGUCACGUGAUUCGUUCUCGAAUAACUUUAUUAUUAGGUGUUUAAAUUCGAGCCGGAUUGGUUACACAGUGUUACAUGUCGAAGUGUCACUUCCGUUUCGCGCCAAAUACCGGUAACGGCACAAAGUAAGAAAACAGUGUUAAGUUCAGAAGAGGAGAAUUGUAUGGUAAAAGCGAAUUUAAUACAAAUCUCAUAUUAAUACAAAAAUGGUCGGAAAAGGAAAAAUGUAUGUGAUAAAGCGUGAUGGGCGCAAAGAAGAUGUACACUUUGAUAAAAUAACAUCCAGAAUACAAAAAUUAUGUUACAACUUAGAUAUGGAUUAUGUAGAUCCACCUGCAAUUACUUUCCGUGUCAUUAAUGGUUUAUAUUCGGGUGUUACCACAGUUGAAUUAGAUAAUCUUGCAGCUGAAACUGCAGCUACUAUGACUACAAAGCACCCAGAUUAUGCUGUAUUAGCUGCAAGAAUUGCAGUCUCUAAUCUUCAUAAAGAAACAAAAAAGAGUUUCAGUGACGUUAUACAUGAUUUAUAUAAUGUUGAGGAACAAUACACAGGCAAACCAAGACCAGUCAUUAGCGAGGAAUAUUACAAUAUCAUACAAAAGAACGCAAAUAAAUUAAAUUCUGCAAUAAUUUAUGAUAGAGAUUUCAGUUAUAAUUAUUUUGGUUUCAAAACUCUUGAGAGAAGUUAUCUAUUAAAAAUAAAGGGAAAAGUUGUCGAAAGGCCUCAACAUAUGUUAAUGAGAGUUGCAGUUGCCAUCCACCGUGAAGACAUUGAUAAAGUCAUAGAAACUUAUAACUUUUUAUCAGAACGUUACUUUACACAUGCAUCCCCAACACUUUUCUCUGCAUGCACUAUGCAACAGCAAAUGUCUAGUUGUUUUCUGUUAACAAUGAGUGAGGAUAGUAUUCAAGGGAUUUAUGAUACAUUAAAAAGAUGUGCACUCAUUAGUAAAUCAGCUGGUGGUAUUGGACUCAAUGUACAUUGUAUAAGAGCUAGGGGUACACCAAUAGCUAGCACGUUUGGUGUAUCGAAUGGUUUGGUUCCUAUGAUUCGAGUAUAUAACAAUACAGCUCGAUAUGUUGAUCAAGGAGGAAAUAAGAGACCAGGAGCAUUUGCUUUGUAUUUAGAACCAUGGCAUGCAGAUAUUUUCGAAUUCUUAGAUCUUAAAAAGAAUACUGGCAAGGAGGAACAUAGGGCAAGAGAGUUAUUCUACGGGUUAUGGGUGCCUGAUCUAUUUAUGAAACGAGUUUUUGAAAAUGGUGUAUGGAGUUUAAUGUGUCCACAUGAAUCUCCUGGGUUACAUGAUGUUUGGGGUGAAGAAUUUGAAACGCUGUAUACUAGAUACGAAAAUGAGAAAAGAUACAAACGCCAAAUUCAAGCCAGGGACUUAUGGACAGCUAUACUUGUUGCCCAAGUUGAAACAGGAACUCCUUUUAUGCUUUAUAAGGAUCAUUGCAACCGUAAAUCGAAUCAUCAAAAUAUAGGAACAAUUAAAUGCAGUAAUUUGUGUACGGAAAUUGUACAAUAUUCUAGUCCGGAUGAAGUUGCCGUAUGCAAUUUGGCUUCAAUUGCUGUCAAUAUGUUUGUAAACUCUAUCAAUCGUACUUUCGAUUUUCAAAAACUUCGAAAAGUGACGAAGAUUGUUACACAUAAUUUGGAUAAAAUUAUUUUGCAAUACGAUAUGUGGAAUGUUACGCCUACGGAUUUAUGGGAUUGGGCAGCAUUGAAAGAAAAGAUCGCUAAACACGGAGUUAGGAAUUCUUUGCUAAUUGCGCCUAUGCCAACAGCGUCUACAGCACAGAUCCUAGGAAAUAAUGAAUCUAUAGAACCAUAUACCAACAAUAUUUAUACAAGAAGAGUCUUGUCAGGAGAGUUUCAAGUCGUUAAUCCUCAUUUAUUGCGGGAUCUAACUGAAAGGGAUCUUUGGGACGAAGAUAUGAAAAAUGAAAUAAUAGCGAAUAAUGGUUCUGUACAAAACAUUGGACGUAUACCGGAUAAUUUAAAAGUGCUUUAUAAAACAGUAUGGGAAAUACCGCAAAAAAUAAUCCUAAAAAUGGCGGCAGAUCGCGGUGCCUUUAUAGAUCAGUCACAAUCAUUAAAUGUUCACAUGGCUAAGCCAACAACAGAGAAAUUGACUUCAAUGCAUUUUUAUGGAUGGAAUAUGGGUUUGAAAACUGGCAUGUACUAUUUGAGGACCAAGCCGGCAGCAAAUGCUUUGCAAUUCACAGUUGACAAAACCAAAUUACAAGCAAGAAAUACAAGCAUGAAUAGUACUAAUCAGUCACUGAUUUUGGAAAAUGAAAAUGAAACACUAAAUUCUACUGCAAAAAGUGGUGAUUGGUUACAAAAUCAAGAUAACGUAGAUGAGGAAGAUCCUGUACUCGUGUGCUCCCGUGAAAAUGGAGACGCAUGUAUGGCCUGUGGAUCUUAGAAAAUACUAUUUUCAGUAUAUAUGUAGUACUUAAGCUAUGGUUUUUAUUUAAGAAUGUAACUGCCAAGUAUAAUUCUAUAUUUUUAUACAUGUACUUUUUGUAAUACAUAUGAAGAUAAGGCUUCAAUAAAAUAAUAAUACUGUACAUACACUGCGUGAUAUUUAGAAUCGUAAAUAGUUCAAAUUCCCUCUAGUUUGCCAACCAUGCGCACUACGUAUUACAAAAAUACUUUUCACGUCUUCACUCG